CACCGUGACUGAAGCUGCCAUCGACUUCAACGACCAGGCCGUGCCGUUGACGUUAACGAUACGGUGUACUGACGGCAACCCCGUCAACGUCAUCACCGGGACUUUCAACGUCAAUAUCGUUGAUGAGGUACGUCUGUAGGAUACCGGCGUCCCUGAACUAUGACGUCACGCCCGUUCAUAACGUCACGAUUAAUUGCGACGACGGUAACGUCUUUAGCGCGAGAAAUUACUACGCAGUGGAGCUGGAAAACAGCCCUUCGGUGUUUGUUAACCUUCCUGCGGUUAUUUUACCGUCAAUGGCCGAGUCAGUGACGUCUAAAACAUUACUUUAUACUCUCACAGUAUCGGACCUAGGCGUUCCACCAUAAAACUUGAGCGAUACUGCACUUGCCGUGGGCAUUCUACCUUUGGAGCAAAGUACUGUGACACCGCCGAAUACCCAGUACCUGGUGUACGCCCACAAUCCAGGCGGAUUCGAUUUCGAAAAAAUUUCCAGAGCCGUGAACGUCGAGAUCACGUGCGGCGACUCCUUGUCCACCGUCAAAAAGACGCUGAUUGUGAACAUAAUCAAUACGGCACCGGUGAUCACUUACCCAGGAGGCUCCAGUGACGUCGCUGAGGAUGUUAGCGGAACGUUGACGUUAAAGACGUUGGAUUUCGAAACUUUCGAUAAGUCUGACGCCACCUGUUCAAUGACGAGCGCUGACAGGGGACCAUUCGCCGUCACUGGCAACCAAAUCGUGAAGAUGGCUGGAGCUCUGGACUUUGAGACAAAGGCGACGUAAAAUCUUGACGUCACGUGCACUGACGGCCUUCUUCAAACCACGGAUACUUACGUUGUCAAAGUCCAAAACGUCGGUCCAGAGAUAACGAGUUUGCCGACGGCGUCAACCGUGGACGAGUGGCAAACUGCGGAAAAGCAACUCACGACGUUGACGUUAACGGAGGACGCGGCUGACUGCGUUCAGACGUCACCGACGUAUUACGAGUUUAACGUCAAAUACGAGCCCACCACAUAAGCUAUCUAAACAUAUGGGUGAUCUACUCCGUCAGCGAGGCGGUGGCGGGGCGGUCGCUUAGCUACGACACGAACCCCUCCUACAACCUGCACAUUCAGUGCAGCGACGCCGCGGGGGUCAAAGGGGCGGAGAAGAUUUUCACCGUCCAUAUUAACGAUAACAAAGCGCCGACGAUCGACAACCUUAGCACGGGCGAAAUUCGCGCCAAGUCCGUGAUUAAUUUCGAAAAGGUCAACAAACUCUCGUACGAGGUCGUGAUUUACGCCUACGGCGGCUUCGGCAAUUCCACGACCGAGACUUUGACGCUGCUCAUCAGUGACGUCAACGAGAAACCGGAAUUCACAACAACGACUUGGACGAUCACGAAAAACGACGAAGGCGGGCCUGGAGAGCAGAUAAGCUGUCCGGACUUUAAGAACGACAUCUAGGGCGAAGAUGUGGGCGAUGUCCACACGUACAAGAUGUCGUGCCCUUGGGGCCGUGGCGUCUUCGUCAUGGAACCCCUAACCGGCUGCGUUACCAUGACCAAGGAAUGGGACCUGGAUGCGGCUAACAAGCGUCUGGGGAAGGAGACUGUUGUGUGCACUUUGACGGCCACCGACCUCCGUGGACUGACGACCACCGCCACGUUCAACAUAAAGAUCAAGGAAGAGGACGACAACAAACCCUUCCUGUCGCAGACCUCCUACGUGUACUGCGCGACUGUGGGUUCAACUUCCGGUACGCUGGGUCAGGUGACCUCAACAGACAAUGACGUCCUUGACGCGCAUACGACCAAGAAAUAUGAGUUUGUCGGAAGUGGACCCUUCUCCGCAUAUUGGACCGGAGGUCUGACAUACGGGGAUUUGAGCUCAUAUGCAAAAGGCACUAAAUUUGAAACCACCCUCAGAGUUACAGAUUCCGCCGGCCACUACCACGAAUCUCCUGUCACAAUUUUCAUCUGCGACCCACCGCCACCAGCGCCAUCAAGUCCCAACAGCGCCAGGGGCGCAUCGUCGGCAACUUCCGGCGGCAUUGACAACUUCCUGUAUUGGCUGAUACCGGCGCUGCUCCUUCUGGCGUUCAUGGCGGGGCUGGCCGUGUAUCUCAUUCGGCGAUGCAUCCAAGGCGGCCGAUGCGGUUCCUGUUACCAGUCGCGCGCCGUAAAGACGAUCCGGCCCGACCGGCCGCUUUAAGACCCAGGGAGAGGCCAGACACGAGUGAUCACCGCCAGGGAAGUCGAUGAGCGUCAGGCGGUCUACCGCAAGCCCCCCUCAACAUCAACGCCACCACCUCCACCACCUCCACCGACCGAAAAAGGAACAAUCGCUCCAUGCGAUCUUCCUAUUGUUCACUACCACGCACGUGAUGUGGGGAACCUAGGUGAUAUGUACCCGAAGUAUUGAGAUCCGUAAACAGCGAUCUCCGUGACUUUUCGUGAAUCUUCGGAAUGUUAUCUUCAGACUAUUUUAGAGACAAUUCCAUGACUUUUCGAAAAGCUUCGGAAUAUUUAAAAAAACAAUUUCAAGCCAAUCAAGUAUUUAUUCAAACCGGAUCGUUAAGCGUUUAAUUUCCAAUGUUUAAUAAUAUAUUUUGGGUUUAUUGAAUGCUUAUGUCGAAUAAAAGUAAACACAA